AGUGCCAGGGAGAAGUGACAGUCAAGAAGCUCGAGCUUUGGCUAGGUAUAUAUACUAUAAUUAGGCUCUGUCUGACUAGCGACCGAUAUAGAUUUACCACAGUUUUAGCAAGUUACUUUAGCAGUAGCAUAAUGUCGUUCAUUAUGAUGAAGAAAAAGAAAUUCAAAUUUAAGGUAGAUUUCGAGUUGGACGAACUAUCGUCUGUUCCCUUUGUUAACGGGGUCUUGUUCUGCAAAGUACGGCUCGUAGACGGUGGCUUUACAGAAGAGUCCUCUCGUGAGCAGGUCCAGGCUAACUGUGUGCGCUGGAGGAAGAGGUUCUCCUUCCUGUGUAAGAUGAGUGCCAACGCUGGGACAGGAGUACUGGACCCCUGUGUGUGCCGGGUGUCUGUGCGCAAGGAAAUGAAGGGUGGAAAGACCUUUGCAAAGCUGGGUUUUGCUGACCUGAACCUGUCCGAGUUUGCUGGCUCUGGCAGCACCACGCGGCGAUGCCUACUAGAGGGUUACGACACCAAGAACUGCAGACAGGACAACUCUAUACUCAAGGUUGUCAUUAGCACACAGCUCAUGUCUGGGGACCCCUGCUUUAAAACGCCACCGUCCAUGGCCAUGAAACUGGGCCUCCAGCAGGCUGAGGCAGAGUGUCUCCACAAAGACAGGAAGGGAGGGGACACACCCACACCCUGCCUCCCCAUCCCAGAGCCCCCAGGGAAGUGUUCGUCUGUUCCUGAUGAACUGGGAGCAUGUGGCCAUUCUAGAACGUCCAGCUACGCCAGCCAACAGUCCAAAGUCUCAGGCUACAGCACAGGUCACUCGCGCUCUUCCAGCCUAUCAGAGCUCACGCACAAGAGGAACCCCUCAGCGGGCUCUGCCUCGACGGGCAUUGCAAGCAUUCCUGAACCCAGCGAGGACCGGGGGACUGAGAGGGGGGAGAAGGAGGUCCGCUCUGCACCCCCUGUCUCUGUCACCUGUGCCUACUCCCCCAUGCCUGAACAUCCCCCCACCCCCGCAAAGAGCUCUGCCUCCUCAGAGAGACUGAGCAGGCAUCGGAUGAAUCAGAACUCGGUGGAGGCUCAGCUGAAGAGAGUGGAUGCUACCCGGGUGGAUGCUGACGACAUCGUGGAGAAGAUCCUCCAGAGCCAGGACUUCAGCCACAGCCUACUGGACUCCAGCGCUGAGGAGGAGGGGCUCAAGCUGUUUGUUGGUCCUGGUGGAAGCACGGCGCUGGGAAGCCAACACACCAGGGUUGGGGCUGGGCCCUACGAGCAGGUGGUGAUCAAACCCUAGCCUCCGGGGGGAGCAGACAUGUGUCAGAGAAGGUUCCACAACACCACGGGGUCUGACAGGGGGGCAGCAGUUUUUCCACCUCUCUGCAGGACAAACAUUUGUUCCAACAGAAGUCCUAGUCUGAUGAGCAGAAACUGUGUAAGACUGCUCCCCCUAGUGUUAAAGGAAGGUGACCUGAGUUUCAUGACAACUUGUUUUUGAGAAGAAAGAGGAGGAUAUAUGGACUUGAGUGCUGUCGCACUUAAACUGUGUGGAGCAGUAUAAUGUUCUCUCUACCCAGAGGGGGUAGUCUUUCAAUUCUGCAGGCCUUAUGUUCAAUGAAGACACAUUUUUAGAUAAGUAGAAGAAUACUGUGGUCUUACAACAAAAAGGGCUUGUAAAUUUUUUUAUGGAAGUCAAAUCCUUCCAAAUGGUUCUAGGUUAUUACUGUGGGAGGUAUGUUGUAAUUUACAGUUUUAUUGUUCAGUAUGUUGCUGCUUGACAUGUUCACUGUGUAAAAUGUGCGGGGGUGUAGUGGAGGACAAACGGUAGUUUACCUACCUUUUACGGAAAAUGCAUUGAAAGUAUAGGGAGCGUUACUUUUUCUCACCGCAACUGGCGAUCAGAGUUUAUCUAUCUAUCUUUCUUUUUUUUUUUACCACUACAUCACUGCAAAUGUGUAGUGUUUCACAUGCGCGCACACACACACAGGUGUUUUAACUGACAAGAUGUGGCCAUGAGCUGAUUUCAUUUCCCACAAUGACCUUAAAACUGACUAAAGAACUAUACACACACAGGUUGUGUGAUGUCAUCAACCUACAGGUGCCCUAUUCUGUCAUAUGAACAAAGAGGAACUGACAGUAUGUUUCGCUAUACGUGAAGACUCAAGCAGGGAACAUCAUUAAGAUUCUAUAAACAGAGAAAUGAUAUAUGUUGCCAGCUGGUGUUGCUGCUUGCCUGUGAUGAAGGAGGGAGGAGAAAGCGAGGGAGGAGGAGGAGUGUCAACAUCAGAUGGAGGUGACGAUGUCCUUGGAACUGUGGAUUAGUUUCAAGCAAGACCUGUAGGUUGGUGUUUAGUUUUUUAAUCCUCAGCAAAACGGUUAUAUAGUAGCUUCACUAUGGUCUAUGAUCCCAAAAUUGUAUUUGUAAGUAUUUGGAGAGGCCUCCUUGCGCAGACAACAAAUCAGACGUUUAUUUUCUCAGAAACCUUAUUUUGAUACUGUAGUAGUAAGUAGUAGGGAAAACUGAUUUAGGGACAGAGAACAUUGUUGACAUUUUGAGAGUGGAAAGUGGGGCAAGGGCAGGUUCACUCAAGGAAAGAUGGAGUCAGUCAAGUACAGUGAUCAAACUAAGAUGUUAGAGUUCUGACAAGCAUCAAGCAUCUGCAAGGCCAAAUGUGACCUUUGUUUUGUUAAUAUUGUUUAGUGCGUUGUUGAAAUACUGUUUGUGGAGUUUAUGUCCAUGAUGCAGUAUGAUGAAAGUGUUGCCUCAUUCAACCUCACAUUCAAUUAGCAGACCAGUUCUUGUGUUUGUGUAUGUUGAUACCGUCUGCAUUUGUCGGUUUUUAUCGGUAUGAAUACAGAUUAGAGAAAGAAUGUUCUUCAGAUGUUCAUAAUGUUACAUUUUUAAUGACUUUCUUAUUUGUCCACUUUACCACAAAUGAUACAUUUUACAGCAUGUGUCUUUAUGAUGUUGGUAUUCUACUUUGUUGUUUUUACGGUUAUUUCUGUAGAUUGAUGUUGCAAGUGCUGGUCCCACAUUGUUUAAUUUUCUAAAUGUUGGAAGAUGGUUAUUUCAAUACUGUAUCCCAAUUCACAAACACAUGCUGUGUUGUUCUGUAAAGUACCCUGUAAAAAAAUAAUAAUAAUGUCACUGCACCUAUCCGGUGUAUGUGACAAUAAAACAUCUUAAUAAAACAAUUCCAUUUAUUUAAGAAACAA